AUGCGGCAGAAGAUGUACUGCGCCUUGCAGUCCACGCGGUGCCGCAGUGUGCCUGCGCAGAUGGACUGGCUCGACUCCGACGAGGAGCGCAUGGGCGAAGGCAUUUUGAAGGCGAUGAGCUUUUCGGACUUCGCCGACGUGCCGGCCAUCUCGCAGGUGAGCCCUGUGAAACGCCGGCGCUGGGGCUUGUUGCUCCUCAUCGUGGCGGUCAUUUUGGCCCUUCUCCAAUUCCGCUGGCCCGGUCAAGACACACCUACCAUGCAGGGCGACUUCGCUGCCGAGGGCCGAUCCUACUUGAAGGAAGGAUCGGUCUACCAGAAUGACUACAUGACCUUGUGGAAUGUCAACAAUGUGGCCAUUUCCGUGACGUUGAAAAUGCAGGACCUGAGUCACUUCGAGCUGCGAAUCCAGAACUUGAACUCCAAAGGUGGUGGGAACGACGGAUGGUUCGCCGUCCGCGGCUCCUUUGCACUAAAGCCUUUGGACACAGAAGGUCGCUUCUUUUCGAUUUGGCCAGAUCCUCAUGGAAAGGACAACGUGGUGGUCGAUUUUGACGAGAGCAAUCAAGAUGGAGCUACGUUACUGUUGUACAGGGUGCUUCGAAAGCUGGGCGGUGCGGGGAUGAUGAAGUUCCUGCAGCUCAAGGUGGACGCCACCAAGGACAUGGUCCUGGUGAAGCCUAAAGCGCGGCUCCUUCGAGCUUUGUGGGACCAGCCAGUGUCCCUAAGGUUGACGACCGAGGAGCGCCUGUGGAAGCCGGAGCUUCCAGAGGCUGAGGAGGUGUGA